AUGAAGCUGCAGCAAGAAACUGACGAUGCAACAAGCAAAAAAAAGCUGAUAAAAUCUCAGGUGGAAAAACGUCGCAGGGAGAGAAUGAACCGCAGUCUGGAGCGUCUGAGGACCAUGUUGCUCCAGGAGCCUCAACAAGGUGGGACGCAGCACAGAGCGGAAAAGGCUGAGAUUCUGGAGCAUACGGUUCUCUUCUUGCAAAGAAAUGCCAGAGAACACAAAGAAAAAAACGGAGGCCAGAAAUACUCCUUCCAGGACGGCUUCUCCAGCUGCCUGCAGAGGGCGUCUCACUUCCUCGGGCCUGAAGGGAAAGGCCUGUGGCUCGGACCGGUCCUGGACGCCACCUUUUCCUCUCGCUUCCCGCUCUCAGACAGCCCUUCUGCAGACACCUGGGUCAGAACCUCCGUCUCCAUGACCCACACCAAGUCCCUCCUCCAGAUGCUAAGGCUGAGGUCCAGGUCCAAUCAGCCCACACAGGCCUCUGGAGCCAGCAGCUCAGCUCAUCAUCACACUUUCUCAGACCAGCAGAGUUUUCUUGGAUUUCCUCAGCAGCCUCAGAGUGGAGGCGGGCUGGAGAUGGGAGCGGAUAGACCGGGGGGCAAAGAGGGGUCAUCCCAGAGCGGGACCCUGAGCCAGACUUUAUGGAGACCCUGGCCAUGA